AUGAGUAAAUUAUUAAGAAGAUUAAAGUAUUUGAUAACUAAAGGACUGCCUAAGGAACCAUAUAAAAUGGUAUUAGUUGUACGGACAGAUAUUUCAAUGAGUACUGGUAAAAUAGCUGGUCAAUGUGCACACGCUGCUGUCGAAUGUUAUGAUCUUUGUAAAAAUGAUAAAAUUAAUGGAGAAUAUUUAGAAUCGUGGUUGAUGGUUGGUCAACCAAAAAUCGUACUAAAAGUCAGUAGUGAGGAAAGAUUAAAAUCGUUGGCCAGCAAUGCUAAUGGUCAUGGACUUGUUACAGCUAUUAUUAAAGAUGCCGGUAGAACUCAAUUAGAACCUGGUACUAUUUCAGUACUUGGUAUUGGUCCUGGUCCUAACAGCAUUGUAGAUAAAGUUACAUCACACCUUAGAUUACUUUGAUAUCUUCUAUAAUCUCUUGUAAAUUUUAAAUAAAUAAAUAAAUUUUAAUGUUAUCAAGUAAUAAAAAAA